AUGGAUUCCGAUGAUUCAUCCGGAUCUUCUAACGAGUCCGCCGAUUACGAAGAGCGUGUACAGAAUGUGCUUCUUCGAGCCGCCGAACUAAUUAGACGACAGAUUGACGAACAACCUGCCCCAAUCAUUAGAAGAAGGGUACCAGUUGAUCGUGAUCGUAUUGAAGCACACGCUCGUUUGAUGCAUGACUAUUUUGCUGAAGAACCGCCAUAUCCACCCAGACUUUUUAGACGAAGGUUUCGUAUGUCAAAAAAUUUAUUUAAGCGGAUAGUCGGUGAUUUGGAGGCUAGGUACCCAUAUUUUCAGACGAGAUAUGACCGUGCUGGGCGCAGAGGGUUUGCCGGGGUACAAAAGUGUACAUCUGCAAUUCGUCAAUUGACAUAUGGCGUUAACAAUGAUUUCCUUGACGAGUAUUUGCAGAUGUCUGAGCGAACAUCAAGGGAAUCUUGCCUAAAUUUUUGUGUUGGUAUACGGGAAUUUUAUGGAGCAAGAUACCUACGGAGACCGACUCCGUCUGAUCUUCAGCGUAUAUACGAUGUUCAUGAACAAGUUGUUGGUUUUCCCGGUAUGAUCGGUAGUAUAGAUUGUAUGCAUUGGCCAUGGGAGAUGUGUCCGGCGGCGUGGCGAGGUACUUACACAAGCGGGCAUGUGGGUAGACCGUCUUUGAUCCUUCAGGCUGUAGCAUCAAACGAUCUAUGGAUUUGGAAUGCGUACUUUGGACAGCAAGGUUCUCACAACGAUAUCAAUGUGUUUGAAUCAUCGCCAAUUCUUGAAGAAAUUAAGGGAUACUAUUUGGGCGACGGCAUCUAUCCCGAAUAUGCUACAUUUGUGAAGACCUUUUCCGACCCGAUCGAUGAAAAAAGAAGACAUUUUAAGAAGAAACAAGAGUCGGCACGAAAGGGUAUUGAGCGGGCUUUCGGUGUGCUUAAAAAGCGAUGGAAGGUGCUAAAACAUCCGGCACUAUAUUGGGACAAAAGAAAUAUCCAGGAUGUUUGUUAUGCUUGUAUCAUUUUACAUAACAUGAUCCUAGAGGACGAAAACAAGGCCGUAUGCCAAGACUACAACGCCCAAGAACCGAGUCUCAAUCCAGAUUAUUGGAGGCACAUAACUCCAACGGAAGUUCGUAUCCAAAAUCUGCAUGACGUCAAAAACCGUGAAACCCACAACAUGCUAACGGCAGAUUUGGUUGACCAUCUUUGGGCGAACACACCACAUGACUUCGAGCUUGCAGCCGAUCCCUUCGCCGAUCUGCGAGAGUAUGUUAGCACCGACGACGACGACUCCGAUUAG